AUGAGUUCGAGUGUACUGGACGUGCGGGCUGACGAAAGGAUUCGCAUUAUUACCUUCUUUAGCCGCACUGGACACAUUCGCACUGAGGACGCCAUCGGAGCACCAAAGGGCACGCGCCUCCUGGUGUUGGUCGUCAGCCUAACCGGGGUGCUCGUGGCCUCGUGCGCCCUGCUGCUCGUGGUUGUGGCGCAGGACGACAACGUUGGCUGCGGACAGCCGCCCGACUGGAGCGCGCACGUCGACCCCAAGGAGCGCGUGGACCAGUGCACGGGCGAGAUAUGCACGGCGUCCCAGUGCGUCCAUGACCAGGUGAACAACGACACCUGCCGCGGUGUGGUGCGAGCGUACGCCGACAGGUGCCGCUGCUGCGAGGCCUGCGUUCUGCACCUGGGGAAGAACUCGGACUGCUCCAACAGGCCUUCAGACCUUCACGAUGUCCGAGAAUGUGGGCCUGGCCUCUUCUGCAACCAGAAUACGUGUGUCUGCAUGGAGCUCAUGAUGGACAUACCGUGAACGACCUCACUGUGCUACUACUUUACAUUUGCUCAUCAAUAUGUCUGACUCCUUGAUUAACCUAACAUAGUGUGAAAUAUGUCUUGAAUGUUCGCAAAAUGCUGUAAACAGUAUAUAUUAACGAUGUCCCGGGUUGCGUAUCGUGGUUAUUAAUGGCAGAGGGGGUACCUAUGC